GGAGAGAGAAGGCUGCAGACCUAGAGGGAGGGAAAACAAGAAGUCAGAAGGAAGAAGAAAACAGAGGAGGGCACACAGACUCAGAGGAAGACAAAGGGCCAACAGAAAGAAACUUCAGUGGGAAGUGAGGCAGAGAUGAAGUUACAGGGGUCCCUGGCCUGCUUCCUGCUGGCCCUGUAUCUGGGCAGUGGGGAGGCUGGCCCAUUGCUAAGUGGAGGGGCAGGUGCUGGAACAGGUAUUGGGGAGGCCAUUGGCCAAGGGGUUGGAGAGGCAGCCAGCUCUGGAAUCAGGGAGGCCAUGGGCCCAGGGAUGGGUGAUGCCUUCGGACACAGGGUCAGUGAGGCCAUCCGCCAGGGUGUUGAGGCAGCAGCCCAUGCUUUUGGAGACACUGGAAGUGAGGCUGGCAGACAGACUGAGAAUAUUAUUCGACAUGGAAUAGAUGCUGCCCACAGCUCUUGGCAAGGGAUGCCCAGCAACAACGGUGCUUGGCCUCCAUCCGGAGGCCGUGGCAUCUUUGGUUCUCAGGGUGGCCUCGGAUCCCACAGCCAGGGCAAUCCUGAAGGUCCAGGGACUCCCUGGGGCCAUGGACACUCUGGAAGCUCAGAUGGCAACUUUGGAACCAACUCUCAGGGAAGCUCCUGGGGCCAGGGGGGCAACGGAGGGCCAUUCGACUCGGGGACCAAUGCUCAGGGAGCUGUGGCUCAACCUGGUUAUGGUUCAGUGAGGGGAAACAGCAACCCAAAUGUGGAGUGCACCAACGCCUCGCCCUCUGGUUCAGGUGGAAGCUCUAGCAACUCUUGGAGUGGCAGCAGCAGCGGCGGGGGCAGCAGUGGCAGCAGCAGCGGCGGCGGCAGCAGUGGCAGCAGCAGCGGCGGGGGCAGCGGCGGGGGCAGCGGCGGGGGCAGCAGCGGCAGCAACAGCGGCGGGGGCAGCGGCGGGGGCAGCAGCGGCAGCAACAGCGGCGGGGGCAGCAGCGGCGGCAGCGGCGGGGGCAGCGGCGGGGGCAGCGGCGGGGGAAGUGGAAAUAAACCUGGCUGUGACAACCCAGGGAAUGAAGUCCGAGUGUCUGGAGGAUCUGGGGGUCAGAACUCCAACACAUCUCCUGGGCUCUUUGACUUCGAAACUUUCUGGAAGAACUUUAAAUCCAAGCUGGGUUUCAUUAACUGGGACGCAAUAAACCAGGGCCAACUCCCAUCUCCCAGCACUCGAGCCCUCCUUUACUUCAGCCGACUUUGGGAGGAUUUCAAACACAACACUCCUUUCUUGAACUGGAAAGCAAUUAUUGAGGGUGUCAAUCCCUCAUCGUCACUCCAGAAGAGGGCAGGCAGUGCUGGUCAGCCUGGGGCAGGAUGGCCAGAAGUACCAGCUGUAACUUCUAAGAACUACAAUUAUAACCAGCAGGCAUAUCCUACUCCCUCUAGUGGGCAAUACUCAGCCAAGAUCCCUGCUAAGGGGGGAGUCACAGUUUCUUCUUCAGCUUCCCGGGCGCAACCUGGCCUGCUGCAGUGGGUGAAGUUUUGGUAGAAAAUUACCCCCUAACAUGCCUGAAGCCCUGAAAAACUUCAGUCUUCAAGGAUACUGACUGCACCCCCCCAGCUCUCCCUCUGUGCCAGACUUGGUCUGGGUGUUGACAUCUGCUCUUUCUAGGUUGGGGAGACAGACCUGGUCUGUCUGUCCCUUGUUUCUUCCCACUCAAUGCGGUGUCUCCUUGACCACCAGCCUCAUCAAAUGAACCAGCCACUUUCUCUACCUACUCCAUUUGUGACCUGAAGUCACUGACAAUCCUUCAGGAGAAGCU